CCAGGCAAAGCAAGUCACUCCACAGCUACGAUGACGGGCGCACUAGACAAGGUCAGAGAGGCACUCUCGCCCAAUCGAGUCGGUGGCAGAAGCCGCGAUGUUUCUCGAGAGCGCGAUCACCACGGAUCUGCAGCCGAAGAGGAAGGCAGAGGACGUGCGUUCCACGGCGGCGCAGGCGGUCACCAGCAUGGCGCACUGCCCGAUCGACUGAUGUCCACCGGUCGAGGUGGUGCGGGCAACAUGGCGCGAUCAAAGUCACCGUCGGUCGAGCGCAGAGAGCGUGCCGAGGACGCCAGAGAGCAGCAGGAGCGAUCCCGCUCGCGCGAGGCCCGCAAGGGUGAUAUCCACACCUCUGGCCGUGGCGGUGCAGGCAACAUUCGCAGUCCAAGCCGCGAUCCUGCCGAUCGUGCUCGCGCGGCCGAAGCCGACAAGACGGAGACCGCUCACGAGGCUGACGUCAAGAAGAUGUACGAGGCCGAAGCUGCUGCACACCCUCACAUGCACAGUGCCGGACGAGGUGGAGCGGGUAAUGUCAAUCAAAUGAGAGCUUGCCCUGCCGCGACCUCCUCCUUGCAAAAUCGAUAUCAAAGAUUCCGGCGCCAUAGACAUAUCAUCCAUGACUUGUAG